AUGAAGAAAUUAUUCAAAUCAUAUGAUUCGAGAGUUGCGCCUGUUAUAGAUUCACAUUUUCGACAAUCAAAUUAUUUUUAUUUUUACGAAGGAGAUUAUUAUGAUUGGUUUAUUCAACUCAUAAUAUCACAAUUGAAAAUGAUUGAUUUGGAUGAGCCACAAGAACUAUUCACAACAUCAGUAACUGUUCAACAUAUGUGGAUGGAUUUGCGAUUGAUGUGGAAUGAAUCAGAAUAUGAUGACAUUCAUAGUAUCUAUAUACGACAAGAACAUAUUUGGAGUCCACCAUUAGAUGUUUAUUCAGCGUGAGUUUUCCCAAAUUAAAAAGGCGAUACGCCUAGAAAAACGUUAGACCACGUAAUUUCUGGCUUCUCCAUAAAAAAUCCCCUAAGGUUCAAAAAGUACAUGUUAUAUACCUAUUUAAUUUUUAAGGAGUGAUGUUAAAGAUCAUCGUGAUCAGGAUUUUCGAAUCGUUCGACUUUUCAAUGAUGGAUUACUUAGAACGUACGUGACAAUGAGAUUGACUACAAAUUGUCCCUUGGAUAUGACAGAAUUCCCAUUUGAUAUUCAAACUUGUGAAUUGCACUUUGGUCUUUCUGGAGUUGAUGUUGAUAAUUAUAAUAUGACAAUUGUAGCGCCAAGUAAUGAAUUGGAAGAAUUGUGUGGAAUGGUAACAAACAACUUUUUUUCUCAACCAGGCCACAUUAUUCUCUGAUUUAGGGUAACUCUGCUUGGGAUGUGAUAAAUGUAACAUGUGGACAAAUGAUUCACUACUCAGUGAGAAGAGCCAAAGCACGACUGGCAGUUCUUCGAUUAGUUUUGAAACGUAACCCGUUAUUUUACAUGUAUAUGAUUAUUUUGCCAACUUUCAUCAUCAAUCUGAUUGCGAUUGGAGGAGUAUUUUUGAAAAAAUCGAGUCCGAUGGAAAGAUUAACUAUAGGUUUUACACAUAUUAUGACUAUGACUUUUAUAUUAGGAUUGGUAUCCGAGAAAAUCCCAAAAACCAAAGAGAUUCCACUUUUGGGAAAAUAUAUUGUAUUGAGUUUAUGUAUGAUGCUCUUUGCAUUGGUAGUUUCAUCGUUAUUGAAGAAAUUUUGCGCGAUAACAGUUGAUAACAGGUUUUUUAAAACAAACUCAAAAUAUAUUCAUUCAUAAUAUUUUCAGAAGAUUCGGAAACCUUGGUCAAACUAUGAAAAUCAUUGUCUUGUUCGGUUUACAAUUCCUCAAUGCAUUUUCGUUUUUCUACAUGAUUUAUCGAUUUUUAAAAUUUGAGUUGGAGUAUGGUAGAAAAGGGUCAUGUCAUUUUAGAGAUGACGAGAAGAAUUAUACAAAAUAUUCCAAAAUGUAUUUUGAAUAUUCAACUGAAGCAGACACAGAAUUGAUAUAUUAA